AUGAAUAACGAGAUUAUGAAACCUUUUUUCCCUGUUGUGUUGAAUGGAUGUGAAACAAUAUCGGAAAAAUUUUUUGAUUGUAUAAAUAAAAAUUUGCAGCCAUAUGGAGACGAAAAAUCAAUAGAAAACGGAAUGAAUCAAUGCCAGACGUUAAAAAUUAAUUAUGAAAAAUGUACUGAAGACAAACUAAAAAGUCUUAAAGGUUCAUUAAUGUUUUUAACAUCAUACAAGGAACAUAAAAAAUAA